AUGGAGUCUAUCCAGAUGGGCCCGGCACAGCGCCCCCCAUUAGCACACGAACGAAGGACUACCGGGGAUACGCAACUCCCGGUAGCGGAUGGUAUCGUUGGGGGCGCCAGUAAGCAGCCAAAGGGCAAAGGUAUUGGGAAAAAGUCGGCCAAGCCUGCACCUGCUCCCGCCCCGCUCCCACUAUCCCCGUUCCUGUUGCUGGGCCUCCAGCGCCCCGCCGCAAGUCAUAGCGGUCCCUCCUCGGCGACGGCGGCUGCGGACGCCACGACGGCACCAACAGCCAGAAAAACCGCGAAGAAGAACGGUGCACCUGAAAGAAAGAAGGCGCCAAGCGCCCAAACAAAGGGAGGAAGAAAGGACAGGCAGUGCAACCCGCGCCGGAGCCCCGUCCGCUGCCGCCGGCCCCCUGCGUCCAAUGGAUACGCCGUGGGUAGUGGUGGCCAAGAAGUCAAAAGAAAGGGAAGCCCGCUACAGCGCAAGCGUAAUGCACAGCCGCCGCAGCCGACGCGCAGGGCGGAGCCCAAAUUGCGGCCGCCACGCUCCGCGGCGGUUAUCAUUUCCCUAACGCCGUCGGCGGUGGCCAAGGGCUGUCGUACAAACAAUUGCCUUCUCCGGUUUCGUCCGGAGGCGGUGGUCGAAGGGUGCAAGCCCAACGACGAAGAUGUAGCGAAGGAGAUAACGGGCGCGAUGCCCAUGGAGGUGGCAGCCGAAUUCGCGCGGCCUUUGAGCCUGGACACGGACUCGAGCGAGAGUGGCUCUACCUGGGCAAGUACGUCGGCCUCAAGAAAGCCCAGUUGGAGCGUGACAGGCUACAACGGGAAGCGGCGCGGAAAGACGCAGAGAAGGAGCUGGAGGACCAGCUGCAAUUUAUCAAGUCGCCGGUCCCCCAGAAUAUCAGACACCGAAGAGGACCGUCCAGUACUCAAGGAAGACCUCCGUAAGUGCACCCAGGUUGUUCGCAAUGUCGUGAGGAAGUCAGGCAACCUCAAAGGCACUUCCCAGAAAGCGCUUAACUGGGUCACGGACAAGAUCGUGAAGUACGUGGAACAGCCUGAGUCCGCUGUCAUUGCGCGCCUCGAGGAGGAAAUAAAGAAGUGGCAGGAACACAGUGCCCGUCUUGAAGCCAACAUGAAGGCCAUGAAGGAGGAGAAUGCCACCCUAAAACGACGCCUCGAAGACCUGGAGGCGUCCGCAAACAAGUCAUCGACGGAGGAGAUGCUGGCGAUGGUGGAAGCGAGGGUCCAAGCCAGGCUCGAGUCGGCCCUGAUGGGGCCAGCCCAAAGACCCACCCUGGCCCACGAAAGAAGGACCGCCUCCGGGGACACACAACUCCCCGUGACGAGCGGAUAUGUAGGAGGGGCGCCGAACACAAAACCGGCCAAAGGCAAGGGAAAAAGGAAAGAGAAGGGAGCAGCCCAACCCGCUCCCGCUCCCGCCCCCUCCCCGCUCCAGUCGCUGGGCCCUCCAGUGCGCCGCCACAACCCGUCGCGGCCCAACCCGCUCCAGAGCCCCGCGUGCUGCCGCCAGCCCCGGCUAACGUGGACACGCCGUGGGUCGAGGUGGUCAGAAGAAAGAAAGAAGGGGAAGCCGGCAGCAGCGCCAACAAACAGCACGCAGCCGCCGAAACCGACGCGCCGGAAGGAGCCAAAACUGCGGCCGCCACGUUCUGCGGCUGUAGUCAUCUCCCUCACACCAGCAGCAAUUGCGAAGGGCCUGACCUACAAGAGCGUCCUGACGGACGCCCAAAAUAAGGUAGACCUCACCGGCCUUGAAAUAAGCAAGAUGAGGCCAAAGUUUGCGGCCACGGGCGCCCCAAUGUACGAGGUGCCCGGGGCGAAUUCUGAAGAGAGGGCCGACUCCCUCGCCGCAAGGCUGAGGGAGUGUUUCGCGGGUCGGAAGAUAUCAAAAUCUCCCGGCCCACGAAGACCGUGGAACUGCGGCUAA